UGGAAGUUAUGUGCGACGAUGGAUAGCAGCUGUGUGAUGGUGCGAUGUUGACAAAUGGAAGCUCUCCAUUGUGAUCCCGUGCCGCAAAAAAUGGCUUGUCCUUCAUCGAUCGUAUUCCCUCUGCUCAGAAAUUCCUCUUCCUCCUUCAACCAACGCAUAUCCGCCUUAAUUAGACUGCCUUUUAUCGAUUUUUUCGUCCUCUUCCUUCCCUUGCCGCUGCGUCCCCUGAAAUUUCAGGCUCGGCUUCAAUGACGAGUUGUACAAGAUGCUGAGUCAACGCUAUCCCGAGGUAUCCUGUUUGGAAACAACCUUAAUUUUUCAGACAGAGAUUCGAUUUUGCAUUUUCAAUGGGAAGUUGCUGGACUAAGUUUUUCAAUAGUGAUCAAGAAGACCAGGGCGAGGUCCAGAAUGUUGAUAGCAAAAACGUACAUCUCAUUACAUCAAUGGAGACGUGGGAGGCGAAGCUCUUGGAAGCAACCAAAGAUGGCAAGAUUGUUAUUGCAAAUUUCUGUGCACCAUGGUGUAGACCCAGUAAAUCCAUGACAGCAGGGUAUUGUGAGCUUGCUGAUAAGUAUACCUCCAUGGUAUUUUUGGCCAUUGACGUCGACGAGCUGGCUGAGCUUAGUACGUCGUGGGAGAUCAAAGCGACUCCAACGUUCGUGUUCCUUAAAGAUGGACGCCAAUUAGAUAAAUUAGUAGGGGCUAACAAGUCAGAUCUGCAACAGAAGCUAGCUGCUAUGGAAGAUGUAACCAAAUCUCAGAGCUGAUACUUUUUUCUAAUGUCAUACAUUGAAUCCUAAAAAGCAGCACAAAGAAUUCCAAAACAAAGAAAACUGAGCCCAUAACAGACACACACAGGAAAUCUUUUCGGCUUUUGUAUCAUCAAAUUUCAUUGUGAAUUUUCAUUCCAUACACACCACCAUUAAAAUCCAUUCGUUCUUAUGGUUUUUUGCUUGGGAGGGAAGAACUCGAUGUACUGCUAUCAAGUGCAAUGCAAUUUCGGUGUUGAAUUACGAAA